AUGUCUGGUCUCUCUGAUAACCCCUCACCUAUAUGCCUUACGUACAAACUAGUUGAUGAUCUGGAACUAAAGCUUGACGUACACGCUCCCCGCAGUGGACAGCCAGCACAAGGGGCCGUGGUACCCGCCGUCAUCUACUUUCACGGAGGUGGUCUGACUGUCGGCAAUAGACGAAGCUGGUUCCCUGUGUGGUUGUCAAAUCGUUUAACAACAGCUGGAUGCGCCUUCGUGUGCGUUGACUAUCGUCUUAUCCCACCUGCCACUGGACACGAGACCUUGGAAGAUGUUAAGGAUGCAAUCCGAUACGUGGCAUCUAACCUGAACGCAGAGCUUUCCAAACCAGAGCAGGGCUUGGGACGCAUCUCAAACUUCCAGAUCGAUUGCGAAGCCAUUGCUGUCGCUGGAACAAGCGCGGGAGGUCUAUGUGUGUAUCUUGCUGCUAUGCAUGCUACUCCGAGACCAAGGGCCGUCCUGUCUAUGUACGGGAUGGGUGGUAACUUCCUGACGCCACACUAUCUCUCUCCGAAGAACGAGGUCUUCUUUCGUGGGCGCGAGCUACUCAACCCGGACGACUUCGCAUGCUACCUGCACCCUGGCUGCCAUAUCCUGCAUCCUGUGUCUGAUUCUCCGCUGGCCUAUCACCCUCAGAGCUCAACGACACCGGGUUACCCCGCUAAUCCUCGUAUGUUACUGACGAGGCUUUACCUGCAACUAGGUACCUUUCUAGACUAUUACACGGGCUGCCACGAACCGAGUCUGAGCGCUGCCUUGCGUGAACCUAUUGCACUACUGCCUGCAGACUCGGUAACUACAGUCGAUGCGUCACAAUCUCAAGACGAAGGAGCUACUCUCCAGCUGAAGUCUGCCAUUCCAAAACGACACAGUCCCCUGUUCCCACAGCUCGCGGCGUCCCAUGCUGACUGGCCACCAACUAUACUAGUUCAUGGAUCUGUGGACUCCGCGGUGCCCGCCGAUGAAUCUCGCCAUCUACAUGCGUCGCUACAGCGUGCAGGGAUUGAGGCACGUCUCAUCAUAAUCGCAGGCGAAGAACAUUCCUUCGACUAUCGAGAGGGCGCUGAACAACGAUAUGGGAGCCCUGACGGGUACUUUGACCAAAUUGUUGAGUUCUUAAUAGCCCACUUGCGGCAGAAUUGUUAA